AUGUGCGCACCCUGGUGUGGAAUAGCACGACGCGUUUGUCAAAGACCAAUGGCACGGCUACGAACGACAAGAAGGGCUUGCGCUCUCGACCGCGACCGUCACCAGCUGCCAACUUUUGAACCCACUGCGCCUGGCCCUACAAAAGGCUCAGAAUCCUUUGUCGUUCAAGAACUGCUCGUCAUUACCUCCUUCUUGCCAUAA